UCAAACAAGGGCAUUAUUAUUAUUUUUUUAUUUGUUAAGAAGUUACUAGAAUCCACAAACACUACAAUUUAUUUACGUAAUUUUAGGAAAGAAGUAUUGUCCAAGAACAAAAAACCGGUGUCUUUGGCAUUUCCAUCUGAUCUGCAAAUAUUUUUCACAAUCAUGACAACCUCAAGGCGUCUUGCGGACAGGAAGGUAGAGAAGUUUGAAAAGAACAUAAAGAAGAGGGGAGUGGGAAUUGAAACAACUAAAAAGAAAGGCAAUCCUUAUCCUGUAGGUCCAAUCGUGAUUGGAUUCUUCAUAUUUGUUGUCAUUGGAUCUUCUUUAUUUCAAAUAAUCCGCACAGCAAUGAGCGGAGGCUUGGCUUGAGUUUCGUAUUAGCAGUGAGGUUGGAUUUAGAUGCUGAUGUUACUUUCGUGUGACAUAGUAAGCAACUGUAGGCUAUUAGUGAAAAUCCCUUGUGGAUUAAAUUUGAUAGUUUGUCAAUUAUGAACUAUCUUAUUUACAAUUUUUAUUAUAGAGAGUUUUAGCAAUAUUUGUAAUAUAACAUUAUAUACGUAUAUUCUUGCACUCUUCUCGAAUGUUUUGCUGUUCAAUUUCUGUGCAUACUGGCUUUUGUA